CAUCGAUACAAGGAAGUAGUGAUGUGGUUGUUUCAUUUUUUCAUUAUGUGUUAUUAUCGCUGAUAUUGUCUAUGACAAACUUGUCAACAGACACGAAGCUGUCUCUCGUUUAUUUUAGUUAGUCCUAAAUAACCGUCUCGAAACUAAAUACUGUCAUGUGUUUCCAGGGGAUCAUAUAAGUGACGGACUUGUAAACAUUACAAGUAUGGGGUGUACUGUCAAUUGGGCUAGCCUUAAAGUGCUAGCUUUGCUCUACGUGUAACUUGCAGGCAUGGGUUCAGGAAAUGUGAUAGGAGUUCAGCUAGCGAGGCUACUGAACCAGCACCUAGAGACUCUGCUUGCUGCAUUAUUCAAACUGUUUUUCAGUAAUGUUUACAUGUUAACUAGUUAGCUCGUCAUACCGGCCAUUAGUGAAGAUAUGAAAUUACUCUUUCUUGCUUGCCUCAGUCCUAAAACUGGGAACCACACUACAGCUGAGAGAAUAAGGUCCCACAUUGAAUCACAUGGACACACUUGUGAGCUCAGAGAUGCAGCCGAGUUUCAGUCUCCUGCUGAGGUGGCAAACCUAAUAUCUAGUAAUCCUACAUUUGAGGGUGCACUGGCCAUCCAUCUGUUCAGAGCAGGCAGACUUCUCUUAGAUAUCCAAGUACCCUUUGGCGUUAUCUUUGGUGGAACAGAUAUAAAUGAAGAUGUGAAAGUUGAGCAGAAGCGUGUGGUUAUGGAGCAGGUGCUACAGAAAGCCAGGUUUGCGGUUGCAUUCACUGACAAAUUGAAAGAAGAUGCAGAAUUAUAUUUGCUGUCCCAGAGAAGUAAAAUCUAUGUGCAGCCCCAAGGUAUCCAGACUGAAGUGAGUGAGAAAUUCUGCUGGAGUGAAUUCUUGAGGAGCUCAGAUGCGAGCAUAGAGCACGUGGAUGAGCUGCGUGUCUUCCUGUUGGUCUGUGGCCUCAGACGAGUCAAGGACCCCCUCUAUCUGGUGGAGGUUUUUUCAGAGUGGCAUUGUGAGAAUCCAAUGAAUGUUCUGGUCAUUAUUGGGCCAAAGAUUGAUCCUGUAUUUACUCUUGAAGUGGAAGCUGUUGUUAAAAGAACAGCAGGGGUCUUCUUGGCCCAGGAGAGGAGCCAACAGGAGCUUCAUGCUGCCAUGAAACGGUGCUUCGCCGUGGUAAACAGCUCCGUCUCAGAGGGCAUGUCAGCAGCCAUUUUGGAGGCCAUGGAUCUCGGGGUACCUGUGUUGGCCAGAGACAUUCCAGGAAAUGCAGCGGUAGUCCAGCAUGAGUUCACGGGCCUGCUGUACUUGUCUCCUCUGGAAUUUGUGCAUCAAUCUCAAAGGCUGUUAUCAGAUCACAAGCUGAGAGAGAGGGUGGUAAGGAAUGGAAAACUUUACGUGGAAGAGCAUCACGGCCUGAAACAGGAGAGAGAAACCUAUAGGCAGCUGGUGGACACUCUGCUCGGAGCGUAAGGUGACAGCGCUCAACCCCACUCUGUAUACUUUCUCAGGAAGAGCUGGGCAUUACCCUGGUGCCUUUACAUGCUGUAGGUAAAAUGAUCACAGAUGUGUUUAUUCACAGACUUUUAAGAAAUCAGGCUACAAAGAUGAUGUACAAAAUAACCUUGUUUUAUCUGCACGGCUGAAUUGAAAUGAUGCUGCAGAGCACUUUGAACCAAAGAACCAGAAAGAAAUGGUUUUUUGUCCUGUUAAUAUAUUUCAUGUAUACCUUAAUUGCUAAUGUACUGUUAUUUAUGUUUGGUAUACAUAUAUAAAUAAGGCUUCUCUGCUUUUCAGUCUACUUAAUAAAAGAGGCAAACAACUCCA